AUGGCGUUUGAUAUGAAAAGAAGCAAGAACACUAUGGCUAUUAGGAUAUUAUUAUCAGAGCGUUUCAGCUGCAGGGUGAAGGCCCUUGGUUUCCUAUAUGCGGCAGGAUUAGGGGUGAAUUCGAGUCAAGCAAAGGCGUUGGUGUACUACACCUUUGGAGCUUUGGGUGGAAACCUAGUUGCACAUAUGAUCCUGGGAUACAGAUAUUGGGGAGGUGCUGGGGUUCCUCAGAGCUGUGAAUCUGCUCUCACUCAUUACAGACUGGUGGCCAAUCACGUGGCCAGCGAUGUGUCCCUGACAGGGGGCAGCGCAGUACAGCGGAUCCGGCUCUUAGAUGAGGUGGAAAAUCCUGGUUCUAGCAGUGGAAUGCUAGAGGAGGAUUUAAUCCAGUACUACCAGUUCUUGGCUGAGAAAGGAGAUGUGCAGGCCCAGGUUGGUCUGGGCCAGUUACACUUACAUGGAGGAAGAGGUGUUGAACAGAAUCAUCAGCGAGCGUAUGACUAUUUUAACCAAGCAGCAAAUGCUGGGAACACGCAUGCAAUGGCCUUCCUUGGAAAGAUGUUCUCUGAAGGCAAUGAAUAUGUUUCUCAAAACAAUGAAACAGCCCUGCAUUAUUUCAAAAAGGCUGCGGACUUGGGUAACCCGGUUGGCCAGAGUGGUCUUGGUAUGGCUUACCUGUAUGGAAGGGGUGUUCCUGUGAAUUAUGACAUGGCACUGAAGUUUUUUCAGAAAGCUGCAGAGCAAGGCUGGGUGGAUGGACAGCUACAGCUGGGAACCAUGUACUACAAUGGCAUUGGAGUGAAGCGUGAUUAUAAGCAGGCUCUAAAAUUCUUUAAUCUGGCAUCUCAAGCCGGCCACAUCCUUGCCUUUUAUAAUCUGGCCCAGAUGCAUGCCACAGGGACUGGAGUCAUGCGUUCCUGUCACACUGCAGUGGAGCUCUUCAAGAACGUAUGUGAGCGAGGUCGCUGGUCUGAGAGACUUAUGGCUGCGUAUGGAAGCUUUAAGGAUGGCGACAUGGACUCUGCUCUAGUGCAGUACCUACUGCUGGCUGAACAGGGCUACGAGGUCGCCCAGAGCAAUGUGGCCUUCAUCCUUGAUCAGAAGGGGUCACAGAUUUUCAAUGAGAAUGAAACAUACCCACGGGCUUUGCUCCACUGGACCAGAGCAGCCGCCCAAGGCUACACAGUAGCCAGAAUCAAGCUAGGUGACUAUCAUUUCUAUGGCUAUGGCACUGAUGUGGACUAUGAGACUGCAGUCAUUCAUUAUCGUCUGGCAUCAGAACAACAGCACAGUGCACAAGCCAUGUUUAACCUGGGCUAUAUGCAUGAAAAGGGCCUUGGCAUCAAACAGGACAUUCAUCUGGCCAAGCGUUUCUAUGAUAUGGCUGCAGAAACCAGUCCUGACGCCCAGGUGCCUGUAUUCCUGGCCCUUUGCAAACUGGGCCUCGUCUAUGCACUGCAGUUCCUGCAGGAUCUCAAUCUGAAUGAGCUUCUAUCUCGGGUGGAUCUUGACCAGUUGCUGGGUCCAGAGUGGGAUCUCUACCUCAUGACUGUCAUUGCUUUGCUCUUGGGCACAGUAAUCGCAUAUCGACAGAGACAGCACCAAGCAGGACCCAGAGUCCCUCCAGCACCUCCUAGACCUCCAGCCCAACCUGAGCAACCUGCCGCAGAGCCUGAGGAACAAUGAAAGAACAGGAAUCAGGGUAGAGGUGACCAAAUGGACUAGGAUUAAAGGAGAAGGAUGAGGCCUUCCAGCAUCUCCUCUUCCCAAAAUCAACCACUUACACCUCCACCCAGCUGUGGUCUUCAAUCCCCAAAAGAGCUGCCUGAACUCUUGUUGCCCUCUCUAGUCUUUAAACUGUGGAGUUCAAGCUUGGGAAAAAGCAAUGACAGAAAAACUAGACUAACUUCUACAAUAUCUUAAACAUACGCCUCAGGGAUUUGCCAGGUGAACUGACAUUUGUGCAAAUCAAUGCUCACUAUGUGGGGAAAAAGAAAAUUUUGCUGAAUGAAUUCCAGUAGUUGCUUCUGCUUUUUGCUUGCCACUGUGCUAAAAGCCAAGGAUAGGACCUGUUGGUUCUGUGCAAUCCUUUCAAACACUCAUUCAGAUAAUUUUUUUAGGAUCUGGUACAUAACACGGGCACCAUGCCUCUUUGGAGUAUAAAGUGAGAUGUGUGCUGUGCUCUGAAUUCAAUAUGUAAAAGGUUCAUAGUAUAAGCAUGUUUUAUUUACAUCUGUUAUGUUGGACUGAGUGGCUUGCUAGCAGAUUUAUUGGGUUCGCUAAUACCUUUUUUUUUAACUUUAUCUAGAAAUUUAUUUAUAAUGGCAAUAUUUGGACAGAAAUAGCUUGCACAUAGAUGUACAAUUAACAUGUCACUGUCUUGGCUAAAAAGAUGCACAAUACAAAUAAACAAACUACACCGUAAUCUAAGGUUUGCAGUAAAGAUCUUAUCUCUCAAAUAGCUUUUCAUUGCCUUGAACACUCAUUGUUGAAUCAUUUAGAAAAAUACUGCCCUUUACCUUUCAUUGUUACAAAAGAGUCUCUGUGGGAUGUUCAAAGAAAGGAAUCAUUGCAAAUAUAGCUGGUGUCUACUAACUGUCAAGUUGUUAAAGCACUAGGAGAUUCAAUUCAAAUGUUUCCAAAAGAUGAUUUAUAUACUUUCUUCCUCUGCAUAUAGGGUUGGCUAAAAUGCUUAAAGAUAUAGUUCACCCAAAAAUGAAAAUUCUCUCAUUUACUCACCCUCAUGCCAUACCAGAUGUGUAUGAAUUAUUCUGAACCCAGAUUUUUAAAAGAAUAUUUCAGCACUUUAGGUCCAUACAAUGCAAGUGAAUGGUGAUCAGAACUUUGAAGGUAUAAAAUGCACAUAAAGGCAGCAUAAAAGUAGUCCAUGUGACUCCAGUGGUUUAAUCUAUAUCUUCAGAAGUGAUAUUAUAGGUUUGGGUGAGAAACUGAUCAAUAUUUAAGUUAUUUGUUACUAUAAAUCUCCACUUUCACAUUCUUUUGUUUUUGGAAGUUCACAAUCUUUGUGCAUUUUGCCACCUACUGGGCAGGGAGAAUCAUUUAUAGUAAAAAAGGGCUAAAAUAUUUAUCUGUUUCUCACCCACACCUAUCGUAUUGCUUCUGAAGAUAUAGUACUACUGGUCUUGGGUGGAUGACUUUUAUGCUGCCUUUAUGUUAUUUUUGGACAUUUAAAGUAUUGGUCACCAUUCCUACACCUACAGAGCUGAAAUAUUCUUCUAAACAUAUUUAUUUGUGUUCAGCAGAAGAAAGAAAGUCAUAUACAUCUGGAAUGUCAUGAGGGUGAGUAAAUGAUGAGUGAAUUUUACUUUUGGUUGAACUAUUCUUUUAAUGUUUUUGGUAUUAUGUCACCUAUUUUGUUUUUCAGUGAGGCAAUGAAUGCUCUCUGAUUAUUUUGUAAAGUCUGUAGCUCUGUGAAACAGAUAAAUUUGUGUCAGAAUCUGGCUGUUUGCCUGCAAAUUUGUGAAAUUUUAUGUUAUAUUUCAAAGGGAAAAUACUCUAUUUAAAUUGUGAGCAUGUCUACAAUAUUUGAUCUUUAUUGUACUUCAGUAAAGGAAUAUGUCUGUCUUUCAGGUAAUAUAGCAAUAUUUCAAUGUUUGGUGUAAGAAUCUGUAAGAAAGGCAUAUGUAUGUGCAUAGGAUGAAAUUACUUGAGUCUGUUGUUCAUGCCAAGCAUCUGUCUGAGUUGUUCUCAAAAUUCAGCAAUGGUAUGAAACUGUAUCCUAAAUCAUAUAACAGAUUCUUCUUUUCCAUGCUCACCAAAUCCAUCAUAAUACAGUGAUCACAGUUUAAAAAUUGCAUUUUCAGAAUGGCAAUGUUUAUAAAUAACUAAUAAAGCAAUUCCAUG